AUGAGGAUUGAACAUAUAAUUAGUAAGAUAGAGCAGCUUUUAGCGCUCAGUAAAUCAAUAACUGAUUCUUAUAAUAACUUGGUAAGGAUUGGCUUGACUAACAUCACCAAUCAACGUAUUCACAAUCGGCUGUCAGACCUCAAAGAUGAUUGGAAUCAGUUCUCUCUAAUUCAUGAUGCUAUCUCGAUUUCAAUUCCUGAACUUUUAAUUGAAGAACAAGUAGAAGUUCAUAAUCAUUCUCAUUUUGAUGAAAAUGUAUAUAAUGCCACUAAAGAGGGUUAUCUUGAGGCGCUUGGAAAAUUUAUUUUCCUGCUUGAUUUAGAACAGACUUCGGUGAAUGGGUCAUCGUCUUCACAAACGAUCUCUCUUCCUAGUACCAGUACAAAUUUCUUUCCACAUACAAAGCUACCUCAAAUUGUGAUUCCUCCAUUUAAUGGAGAACCAGAAAAAUGGCUUCCUUUCAAAGGACUUUUCGUUUCAGUAGUGAUUGAUAAUUCUCAUAUACCAGAUAUUGAAAAAUUACAAUAUUUAAAAACCCUCUUAAAGGGUUCAGCUUUUCAAUUGAUACAACAUACUGCGUUGACGGCGGACAAUUUUAAGAAAACUUGGGAUUCACUUACAACCUUUUACGAGAACACUCGGUUACAUGUUAACACUACAUUACAAUCCUUAAUGAAUCUUAAACGUAUGACGAAGGAGUCCGCUAAGGAGAUUGAGUUUUUAUAUUCCAACAUAACGCAACUAUAUCGUACUUUUGAAACUUUGGAGCGCGAGCGUCCAGUCAGUACGUGGGACGAUUUCUUAGUCUUCAUAUGUUCACAAAAAUUAGAUUCAGAAACUGCUAAAUUAUGGGAAUCUAAAUUAGGCUCGUCUAAAACUCCUCCUUUGUGGACUCAAUUCAAGGAUUUUUUAUUUGAGCGUAUGUCGACCUUACAAUCAUAUGAACGGUCUCAAAAUGUUAAAAUUCUGCAACCAACGAAGCAAUCGACAGCGAAAGUAAAUCAUCAAGGGAAUUCGAACAAUACUUCUUCCAAAUAUCAACCCUUCUGUGUCGUAUGUAAAGGAAAACAUUAUGUAGCUGCUUGCCCUCAGUAUAAUCCUAAGACAGUAGAACAAAAAUUAGCCAUUGUCAAGAAACAUAAACUCUGUUUUAACUGUUUAGGAGCACAUCGCGUUUCGACUUGUAGAGUCACUAAAAGAUGCCAGAAAUGUGGAUCAAAGCACCACACUACUAUUCAUCAGGCAAAUUACUCUAAAACAAAGGAUAAGGAAAAUUCGGUUAAAAAUGAAUCGUCUUCAAGUAAUCCUCAAAAUUCCGAAUCAAAAGUUUUACAUUCUUCUAACAAUAAAUCGGUAGGAUCCUCUAUUCUUUUAGCUACAGCUCAGGUAGUUAUUGUUUCAUCAACCGGACAAACAAUGAAAGCAAGAGCAUUGAUUGAUCAAGGGUCUGAAGUAUCGAUUAUUACUGAAAGGGUUACGCAAAUACUCAAAUUAACUCGUAGUCACUCAUUUACAUCCUUAACAGGUAUUGGUGCUCAAAAGUCACAGAAAACUAAAGGCUUAGUUUCUUUCAUUAUUAAAUCACACUUUAAAUCAGACUUUGAACUUACGGUAAAUGCAUACAUCCUGCCUAAAUUAACGUCUUCUCUUCCUUCGAUUAAACACGAUAAAGAUAAAUGGAAUCAUUUACAAGGUCUUGAACUCGCAGAUCCUACAUUUUUUAAACCAGGUUCUAUUGAUUUGAUAUUAGGAGCCGAUCGUUAUGGUCAAAUAAUUGAAGAAGGUAUAAUUAGGGGAGAAAUAGAUACUCCUAUUGCGCAACUCACAAAACUUGGCUGGAUUGUAUCAGGCGUUACGAAUCAUGCGAAAUCUGGUAAUCUUGUUGAAGGAUACCACGUUACAGUGGAUAACGAAAUUUUUGAUUUAGUAAAAAGAUUUUGGGAGGUUGAAGAAAUUGUAACUUGUAAAAAAUCAUUAUCUGUUGAUGAACAAGAUUGCGAAAAUCAUUUUGUAGCAACUCAUUCGAGAGACGCGAACGGGAGAUACGUAGUAAAGCUUCCUUUUAAGGAAUCAACGGAAAAACUCGGUAAUUCUAAAUCAAAAGCAAUUCGGUUAGCAACGAAUUUAUUCAAUAGACUUUCAAACAAUCCGAAUUACGCAAAAUUAUACUCAGGUUUCAUUCAAGAGUACGAAGAUUUAAACCAUAUGCAAAGAAUUCCAAAUAAUCAAAACGAACCUCAAAGGGUUUAUUAUUUACCGCAUCAUGGAGUUUAUCGUGAACAAAGCUUAAGUACUAAAUUAAGAGUUGGUUUUAAUGCCUCCAGCAAAACAGCUUCGGGAUAUUCAUUAAAUCAAUUACUUCACUCAGGAGCAAAAUUGCAAAGUAACUUGUUUAAUGUUCUCAUUUGGUUUAGAUUGUUCAA